AUGACGGUCAACGGUGUUUAUUCAGAUCACGAAGACAAAGACAAAGACGAUCACAAAGACGAUCACGAUCCCGAUCUUUGCAAUCAUUAUAAAAACCUGAGCGACGCCAAUAGAAAAAAAAGUUACGAAACACCUUCCGGUUCAGAGUUGUGUGAUAGCCAACUCCCUGAGGAAUGGUAUCGCUUUGUGGGAGCUGCAGGAACAAAAAUGCCAACAUCACGUGUGUCAGCAAACAGAUGUGGAACAAAAUACUCAGGUUGGUUAGACGGUCGUUAUCCUACAGUGGAAGAUGGUGAAGUUUACAAGGAUGUCUGCUUUAGUAAUGAUGCUCAUAACAAUUGUAAAUUUAAGAAGAAAAUUUCUGUGAAAAACUGUGGAUCCUACUUCAUCUACAAACUUCUUCAUCCACCUCUUUGUAACUCACGCUACUGUGGUACAGACUGA